AUGGACUCUGAUUCCAGCCCCUUGGAGCUAUUCACCUUGUUCGUCACCGACGAACUUAUGGAUGUGCUCGUCCGUGAGACAAACCAGUUUCAUUGUCAAAAUCCAGCGCCCAGUUCUUCUCAUAUAAAGGACUGGGUAACCACCUCUGCCUCGGAGCCUAGGAUCUUCAGCGGCCUAAGGAUGGCCAUGGGGGUGAAUCAUAAGCCCGAGCAGAGAAGUUACUGGUCGGCCGAUCUUUUCUACUGCAUGCCCUUGUUCACGAGGACUAUGACGAGGGAUCGUUUCGAUCAACUGAGCCGUUACCUCCACGUGGCGCCUGUGGAAGUUACGGCCUGUGAUCGGAAUUCUCCAGCGUCAGUUCUCGUCGGUCUAUACUCCUCCCAAGAGGAUUACACUCGCGCUUCAGGGUGA